UAAUGUGGCGAAUAAAGAAAUCCGUUGUCACAUAUUGCUCUUGAUUUUUUGUAAUCGCUUUAGUUUGUUUUUUUUAACCGGUUCAAGUUACCCAUGCAUUAAAAAGAUCCGAUUCAAAUGGAUGAUUCAUUCAUCGCUAUCAGGUUCACCGGAAGGCACCGGUUUAGCGGUUUUUUUUUUUUUGGUUUAGCGGUUUUGUAUCCCCGGCGCGGGUGAAGAUGGCAUCCCAUAAAGAAACCCCGUCUGGAAAAACCCUGGAUUCUCCCGUCAAACAAAUCCAGCUAGAAGGACUGGUGGUGAUGAAGAUCAUCAAGCAUUACCAGGAGGAAGGUCAGGGCAGUGAGCUGGUGCAGGGGGUGCUGCUGGGGCUGGUGGUGGAGGACAGGCUGGAGAUCACCAACUGCUUCCCUUUCCCUCAACACACAGAGGACGAUGCUGACUUUGAUGAAGUCCAGUAUCAGAUGGAGAUGAUGAGAAGUUUGCGCCAUGUAAACAUUGAUCAUCUUCACGUGGGUUGGUACCAGUCAACUUUCUACGGUUCUUUUGUCACCCGGGCCCUUCUGGACUCUCAGUUCAGCUACCAGCACGCCAUCGAAGAGUCAGUUGUGCUUAUAUAUGAUCCCAUCAAGACAGCCCAGGGUUCUUUGUACUUGAAAGCCUACAGAUUGACCCCAAAACUCAUGGAGAUCUGUAAAGAGAAGGACUUCUCAGCAGAUGGGCUGAAGAAGGCUAGCGUGGGUAAUGAGAACAUGUUCGAGGAGGUGCCCAUUGUCAUCAAGAACUCUCAUCUCAUCAACGUUCUGCUGUGGGAGCUGGAGGACAAAUCCACUGCUGCAGACAAACACGAGCUCUUGAAUCUUUCCAGUCAAAUCAACACAUACUGCCAAACCAUCAAGGAGUUCACAUCUCAAAACCUGGGCAAGCUUUUCAUGGCUGAAGCUCUUCAAGGAACAAGCAGUUAG